CCCCCUGACGCCCCCCAAGAUUGAUUAUAGAUAUGAAGCAUCGUCAGACCGCCUUUGUUUGAUCUUGCUCGUAUUUCCCUCCUCUUGUCUCUGUAUUCAUCUUCCCGCCGUUCGCACCUUUCCUCUCUGUGCGAAUAGCUGCGUCUUUUUUCUCUCAGUCGCGCCUUCUCAACACUCUUUCAACACCUAUUAAACUACUUACAUUUGGGUUUCUUUCGUUAACUUAACAAUUGAUCGUCCAAUUGACUAAAGGGCUCCAAUUAUCUUUCCCAAGUAUCGCAAUCAUCAUCGACAGACCCAGUUCUUCCGAUUCUGAUCCUCAGAGAGUGUUUACACGAUCAUCAUGAAGUCCUACAGUCUUGCGUCUGCUGCGGCUACAGCAUUCGCUGGAGCUGCCCUGCUUGUCUCAUCUGUCAAGGCGGAUGUGGACCCCAUCGUGAUCAAGGGAUCCCACUUCUUCUACAAGACGAACGGCACCGAAUUCUUCAUCAAGGGUGUCGCAUACCAGCAAGAGGCACCCGCCAACGGCACCGCGUCCACCGUGACCGAGUUCUCCGACCCUCUGGCAGAUGAGGCCGCCUGCGCUCGCGAUGUGCCAUUGUUGGCUGAGCUCGGCACCAACGUCGUCCGCGUCUACGCAAUUGACCCCACGAAGGACCACAAGAAGUGCAUGACGCUCCUCGAGCAGGCCGGCAUCUACGUUAUUCAGGAUCUUUCCAACCCCCAGAACUCCAUCAUCCGCGACCAGCCGGAAUGGACCACCUCCCUCUUCGCGGGCUAUGCUGCUGUCAUCGACGAGAUGGCUAAAUACACCAACACCCUAGGCUUCUUUGCUGGUAACGAAGUCUCCAACCAGGCUAACAACACAGACGCCAGUGCUUUCGUCAAGGCGUCCGUUCGUGAUUCCAAGGCAUACAUCAAGGCCAAGGGUUACAGAGCUAUCGGUGUUGGCUACGCCACCAACGAUGAUGCCGAGAUCCGUGACGAUCUGGCUAACUACUUCAACUGCGGAAAGGCCGAGGAGUCCAUCGACUUCUGGGGUUACAACAUCUACUCUUGGUGCGGAAAGUCUACCUUCCAGAAGUCCGGAUAUGAUGUCAGGACCAAGGAGUUCGAGACCUACAACGUUCCUGCUUUCUUCGCUGAGUACGGUUGCAACGAGCCAUCUCCCCGUGUCUUCACCGAGGUUGAGGCUAUCUACGGUCCCCAGAUGACUGAUGUCUGGUCCGGUGGUAUUGUCUACAUGUACUUCCAGGAGGCGAACAACUACGGUCUCGUCCAGGUCAAGGACAACGCGGUCUCGAAGCUCGCUGAUUUCAAGGUCCUCGCCAGCCAGGUUGCCAAGGUCUCUCCCACUGGCGUCUCUAUGUCUUCCUACACCCCCAAGAACACCGCUGCCCGCACGUGCCCAGCUGUCAACGCCGGCUGGGCCGCCAGCAGCACCCUCCCCCCGGCCGCCAACUCCCAGGUCUGCGACUGCAUGGUCAAGUCCCUAAGCUGCAAGGCCAAGUCCGGCCUGAAGGGCAAGGACAUCGCCACCCAAUUCAACUACGUCUGCGGCAACAACGCCGCCGCCUGCGCCGGUAUCAACGCCAACGCCACCACCGGCAAGUACGGCGCCUACUCCAUGUGCAAAUCCGAGCAGAAGCUCUCCUUCGCCUUCGACCAGUACUAUCAGUCUCAGGGCAGCAAGGCCACCGCCUGCGACUUCAGCGGCACCGCCGAGACCCAGGCCGGCGCCACCGCUGGUGACUGCUCCGCGCUCCUCGCGGCUGCUGGCAAGGAUGGCUCCGGAACCGUCUCUGCUGUCGGCACUACUACCAGCGGUAGCUCGAAGACCUCUGAUAACGCGGCUGCUGGCUCUAUGAUCCCGCGCUUCGAGAUGGGUGCGCUGUCCAUGGGCUCGUACGUUUUCGCUACGGUGCUCGCGGGUAUGGGUAUGAUUCUGCUGUAAACAAAAAAACAAGAAACGCAAUAAUCCAAAUUCAAAGUUGGGGGGCGCUUAUCCAUAGUCGUUUAUUGUCGUGCUUUUUUUUUAUGUUUAUACCUGUCGUGUGAGGGAGAGGGUUAGAUGCGGGUUCAAUCAAGAUAUUUUCGAGUUUGGCUUGGCACGAGGUUGGAUAGGGUGGAUAGAGGGAUGUGUAGUACCGUAGUGUAUUGGAAGUAAUUCGUGCUUAAUUAGAUAUUUUGUGCACACA